CCUCAUCCCACGAAUGCGGUGGCGGUUCUAUGCGUCUUGCUCGCCCUCUAAGCUAAGCUCCUGCGAGGCGCCGACGGAGUGAGAUCGGAAGAAGAGGCGGGAUGGUGCAGAGAUUAACCUACCGGAAGCGGCAUAGCUAUGCCACCAAAUCGAACCAGACGCGUGUCGUCAAAACACCAGGUGGGAAGCUCGUGUACCAGUACACACACAAGAGAGCUAGCGGACCUAAAUGCCCUGUUACCGGAAAGAGAAUUCAAGGGAUUCCUCACUUGAGACCCACCCAGUACAAGAGAUCCCGGUUGUCCCGAAACCGGAGGACUGUGAACCGAGCAUAUGGUGGAGUGCUUUCUGGAGGUGCUGUUCGUGAGAGGAUCAUUCGUGCCUUUUUGGUCGAAGAACAGAAGAUUGUGAAAAAAGUUUUGAAGAUCCAGAAGGCGAAAGAGAAGCAAACUACUUCCAAAAGCUAAGCCGAGCAGUAAACCAGUGACUCUAGAUGUUCUACUGCCAUUUUGAAUCUAGUCUUUUUGUUUUCACUCAAACAAUAUGUUUACUACAACUUCAAAGUCUGUAAUUGGUUGAAUUGUUUGUGUUUACGUUCAUGAUUCUCCAUGUUCAUCUAGUGACUUAUUUUUUGUUUCCUGAAA